AGCUCCGAGGAGCAAGUUCAGUUCAACCUGGGGAGCAGAGCACAGCGAACGCUGGCCAAGUGUUGAGCGGUUAAAUAAGAAAAGUGCCCGCCUACAACAAGUAGGUGGUAAGUCCCAGCCAGUGUUCUGCGCCAGCCACUACAUUUCCCGAGGACCGAAGUGCCCCAGCGGCCUAACCAGAGUGUGCCACGUCCAUAGACCGAAGUCUCCAGUCCACUAGCUCCUUAGGUUGCCUCCGUCCUACCACCGUCCAACUGCCACCUUCUCCGUCUGCCAGCCGAUCCCUCGGCUGCUGUUCUGGCCCUGAUAAGCGUGUAAGCCUAACAUAUGGCACCCAACGUCGAUGCCAGCCGUCGUCACUUCUUGUGGUGUGCCGAUUAUCAUGGCAAGCAAUGUACAACAACAGCAGCAACAUCCAUGCACCACAAGUAAAGAGACGAAGCAUCAGAGAGCAUCAGGAGCAGCAGUCAAGGACGAGGAAGCUGUGGGAGCAUGCCACCCGGCCUGGCCUGAGCACCAGCUUACAAACAAUCAAGCAGAGGAGCAGUUGCCGCACCUGCCAGUACCAUCGGAUCAGGUGCUGCACCAUCGAAAACCAAGGCAGCACCAGCUACUGCACCAUCAGCGCCGGUUGCCACCAACGCUGCCGGCCCGGGGCCGCCUUCUGAUCAGCGAGGGCGCCCGGCGGCGCGAGGUGCGUGGGUGCGGAGCAGGAGGCGGCGGCCUGUUAUGCUGCACACUGGACUUGGUGAAUCGUCCGGCCAAGCUGCUGCAAAUAGGAUUCCUUCUGGCGAUCCUACUCCUAGCCACGCAUGGAGAUCUUGUGCAAGCGGAGGGCAAUGUUGGCUGCCAGUUUGUUAGGACGCUAUGCAUACCGCACUCCGAGGUCUGCUACGAUGACAACAUCUUUGGAAAGUGCAUACCCACAACCGGUGUCGAUGUUGAGGACAUUGAGAAGACUCCCCUCACCGAGGAGCAGUCUCGUCUGCUGGCCACCAUGCUGGAGGAACUUCAGGGCGCCGGCCUAGGCUGGGACCAUCCGUACGUGCAGUGUCGCAUCCAGGGUGCACUCUUCUCGCUGCAACGUCAACAGCAGCUUCCGCCGAAUUUGUGCGCCAAUUUGGCGCCUGUUCCGCCGGACUUCGGGGACCCAGCCAGUGCUUUGGCCUACGUGCGUUUCACGCCACCGGAACCGGAGCCGGAAAUCGAGUACUAUGAACAGCCCGGCUAUCCGGCCCUGAGGAAGAAGCAAUCCGUGGAUGACCAAGACAUUUACCUGAAUCGGAUGUUGCAGGACAGGCGGCGGUUGCGUCACGAUCCCCUGGAACUGGAGCACUUUGGCAAGAUGGAUGGGCAUGUGAAGGGAACACAGAGCGAAGUGGACAUGCCCAGCAUCAUGGACACCUUCCUGGACAACGAGCGGCAGCGGAUGGAGCGCGAAGAGCACCAGCGCGAGGCGGCGGAGCAGCAGAACCUAGAGCUGUACCAAAUACUUGCCGCCUCGGAGCCCGAUCCGCAGCCGUACCAAAGGAAGCCAGCGAAUGCCAUGGACCAGCUGGAGGCCAUUGUGGAGCAACAGCAACAGCGGGAACUGAAGCAGCAGCGGGAACAGGAGCGUCUGGAGCAGGAGCAGCAGGCCAAAGCGCCGGUUUAUGUGCCACCCGAGGAGGUUAACGAAUCGAGUGAGCUUUAUUUCCCGGAUAACUUUACGCCCUUUAAACGGGCCCGGGGCAGCUCCAGGAGCAAACUGGCCGAGCAGGAGGAGCAGCAAGAAGACCAGCCGCCCAAGCGCUCGUUCUUCCGGGAACUGGCCGGCGAACAGGGAUUGGUCCAGGAGCCUCUGUUGAACUUCCAACAUGCGGCACCCGAAUUAGAGACCGAACCCGAGCUGACCAAGCGGCGACCGAUCGGCCUCAAUCCACUGGAAUCCAACGAUCUCGAUGCCCAGCAGCAGGAAAUGGCUUUCGAGUCGAGUCUGUUGAGGAACUCCCUCACUCCCCUGGAGGAGGAGGCCAUGCUGGCCUCCAACAGCUACCCCAGGCAGCCGAAAAGGCAGCGAGUCUACACCGAGGGGGGCAUCCUCCUGAUGCCGCAGGAUGAGACGCAGGGCUUUGACCAAGGGAUGCAGGGCGAUGAGCCCGAGAAUGUCAAGCAAUCCCUUCUGGCCAGUAUGCUGGGCUUCGCCCGGCAUGAGCGUCUGGACGUGAAGAAGCCGGGCCCGCUGAUGGGUCCUCCCGCUCCUGUUUCCUCGGAAGUGACCAACCAAGUGGACAAAGAGAAGGCACGCAAGCUGGACGGAGGCAAUAAGGAGGUGCUGCCAGCCCACAUCAAGGGCAGCAUCGAGGACGAGGCACACAAAAAGAAGAAGGUUAUGCAGCAACAACACUCGGACGAGGAUCAUGCGCCACACACCGUUGACACUGAAUAUGUUCACGUGUUCGUCAAGAACCCUAUUGACAGUUGGAACGAUGGGCAGCGCAUCAUGAAGGAGCUGGAGCAAAUACUACACAUGCAGGGAUACUUUUCUUAUUUAACCGUUCAACAACAUGAAGUCAGCUUCCGGGUGAACUCAACCAACCCCGAGCGCAAGACCGCCGGCGAUGUGGCACGAACGAUCAACGAGAACCGCGGCGUCAAGAACAACAUCCAGCGACGUGUCGGGUUCUAUGUGCUGCACGCCGGUGUCGGCGACGUGAUCAAGGACCUGCAGGAUCCGAGCGUGUCAUCGGCACGGAUCGAGCUGGCCGAGGAGGGUCCGGAUGUCACCCACAUCAUGGCCUACAUGUUUGCCGGGGCAGGGGCAGCUGCGGUGAUUGUGAUCUUUAUCACCUUGAUCCUGAUCAAGCGCCAUGACCGCAAACGGGACAAACUGGGCGGACUACAGUCGGGCAUUGCUGGAGCGGAGACCUGCAGCAAGGACUACCAGGAACUCUGUCGAGCCCGGAUGGCCGGCAAGGGCGGCAGCGGCGGUAAUGGAGCAGGUGGUGCUGGUGGUGGAUCCAACGAACCGGCACACAGCGGACGCAUCACAUCGCUGAGCAAGGAAAACGAGGGUCGACCACCGUCCUCACGAUCCAGCACCUCUUCCUGGAGCGAGGAGCCGGCAUUAACGAACAUGGACAUUUCAACAGGACACAUGGUUUUGUCUUACAUGGAGGAUCACUUGCGCAACAAGGGACGCCUCCAGCGGGAAUGGGAGGCACUUUGCCGGUAUGAGGCCGAGCCUAGUGCUCGAGUGGCCGCCUCCCAGCCCCAGUGCUCCGGAUUGAAUAGACCAGGAGCUCCAUUGCCGUACGAUCACUCGCGCGUUGUCCUCAACCAUCUGGCCAAUGCCGAAGGACUUGACUAUGUGAAUGCUUCAACGAUUACCGACCACGAUCCUCGAGCGCCCGCUUAUGUGGCCGCCCAGGGACCGCUGCCCUCGACCUUGGCCCACUUUUGGCAGAUGAUCUGGGAGCAGGGAGCCGUUGUCAUUGUGGCUCUCUGCCGGUUGCAGGAGAAUGGAGAAGUUGCCUGUGCGCGUUACUGGCCGGAAGAAGGUGCAGAGGUUUAUCACAUCUAUGAGGUUCAUCUCGUUAGUGAACACAUUUGGUGUGACGAUUACCUCGUACGUUCUUUCUACCUGAAGAAUCUGCGAACCAGUGAGACUCGUACGGUCACCCAGUUCCACUUCCUGUCCUGGCCGCAAAUGGGAGUUCCUGCCCAGGCUAAGGCUCUGCUGGACUUCAGACGCAAGGUGAACAAAUCCUAUCGGGGCCGACGAUCUUGCCCCAUUGUGGUGCAUGGCAGUGCUGGAGCCGGUCGAACUGGAGCCUAUAUCCUGCUGGACCUGGUACUGGAACGAAUGAACAAGGGUGCGCGUGAGAUAGACAUUGCCGCCACCCUGGAGCACCUGCGGGAUCAACGAGCCGGCGUCGUGGCCACAAGGCAACAAUUCGAGUUCGUUCUGAUGGCCGUGGCCGAGGAGGUGCAUGCCAUACUGAAGGCUCUGCCGGCGAACACCUCCGGCGAGAAACGGGAACUGGACAAGGAUCCCGCGUUGAGCAGCACCACCAAGGAGCCGUUGAAGGAGGACAAGGCCAAGGAAGCGGCGGAGGAGGAGGCGCCCACCAGCAGCUCCAAGGCGGCUGCCAAGGAAAAGGAGAAGGAAAAUGAUAAGGAACAGCAGCCGAAGUCCAAGGAGCCGCCGAAGGAGCAGCCCAAGGAGCAGAAGACGCCGGCCAAGCCAGCUAAGCAGGCGAAGAAGUAGACCAACCGGAAUCCGUUGGACUCCGGUUGAAGGUUAAGCCUCAGGUUAAUGAUUGUUGCAGCGUUUCGGGGGUCUUUAUUUUCGUUGUUGUAGUUAAAGAAUAUAGCUUCAGUUCGACUUUGAGUUGGCGUGAGCACUUGGAAGGUUCGAAACAGGCUUCAAAUGGUUGUCAGUAGUAGGAAUUCUUUCCCAGUUGUUCUACGGACAACGCACUUUAUUCGUUUUAUUCCUAAGUUAUCGACACCGCGCCAACAGAAAGCACAUGAGGCCUUGGUCAGUCUUGGGGCUCACUGGGAUCGUAACGCUGCUCCGGGUAUGCACCAGCCCGUGGUUCCGGAGUGCGUCCGGGCGGAGAGACUCCUGGCUGGGGCAGACAUGUGCGGUGCAAUUAACUAUAGAAGCGCACGAUAUACAUAUAUAGAGGAUAUUUGAGUGUUAAAGGAUAUACAAGAAUAUUUACAUGCAUACUUAUACUUAUAUACAUGUCUAGGUGUUAAGCAUUGAAUUCAAUUACGAAACAUUUUGACUCAUGCGUACAUUAACCGAUAUCGAUGUUGGCAUAAAUAUCUCUUAACCCUAAUCGAUGUGCUUGAAGAACCAGCGAAUGCAAAAUGAAAACUGCAAUGUGCACAAAAUGCUAAACAACUAAAGAGAGAGCUAAUUAUUGGUAUACAUAUGCCAAGUCAGGCAGAACACGAGACAUCAUUGAAAAAGGACACUUUAUACACAUGACCACCCCAAGGAUACAUAUACAAGAGACCGACAUACAUAUGCAGAAACACUAAAAACCAAAAAUCAAGAUCAAAAACCCAAAAAAAAAAAAUUAAGAUUGCGAAAUUUGUACCUUACAACAAAAAUUCUAUUUACAACAAGGAUUGUUUAGCGAGGAAGCAAAAAACCUAUUGAUGUGUAUGACAAUUAAUUAUACAAGGAUAUAACCGCAAUUACAGAAUAUAUUUGUAUACAAUAUAUAUUAAUUAUUCAUAUAUACAAUACGGUGAAUGUCAUUAUUAUCUAUUUAGCUAACUUAUGUGUGUGCUACUCGAUCUCGCAAGUAUGCGGAUCGGAUAUUGUUUUACCAGACCAUAUGUAUGUGUGCAAAAUCAAGAAGAAUUUGUUCAGUUAUCAGUCGCUCCUAAACUUAAGCCACACUUUUUACCCCUCACAGUUGAAUACACCUAACAAUGAGUAUUUAAAAAAUAUAUACGAUUAUUAUUAUAAUACCCAGUUAAGUAUGAAAUUGUCGGAAAGAAUUGCACUCGGGCUCCGGUGACUGCCUUUCCGGGUCCGCCGUUCCGGUUCGAUACCCAUCAUUCGCGAUCACCUCGAUCCACCAGCAACCUGAGGCAGCUAGGAGCCUGUCGGACGGACUGGGAUUUGGGGAAGCUGGCGGGGCUGCGAGUGCGAUUAGGAGUAUGUGCCACAAAACAAGCUACUGAAAACCACUUAAAAAAAACUAUUAAAAAAUCUAAAAAAAAAAAAAUGGGGCAUAUUGCAGUCCCCAAGUGCAGAAUAACAACUCAAGACACUUAUAAGAAUCAUCACAAAAGCUAACCACUCAGGCAUGACCUCUGAUUAAAUCACACGGACAAACAGGAAACGAACAAAUCAAUAAAAAAAAAUUAUUUGAAAAAAAACUAAAAAAAAAUAAAUCACAAGGACUAUACAGUCGUAGAAGCCUGUAUGACACGGUACACGAUACACCCCAGGGAUGACCACAAAGAUACACGUGACAAGCGAUCCAACAGAUACUGUAUCUCGACCUAGUUUAAACGAUUAAUAUAAAAUUAAAAAAAAAUAGAGAAAUAAUAAGAGAAGAUUGUUAAGGAGGAGACGACGUAAGCGCAAGUGCUGCAAAUUAGCAGAGAAAAAUAUUCAAAAAAAUUAUCAAAUAAAUACCAUAAUUAAAAGUUUUCGUAGCCGUUGAACUUAAACGUAAAGAAACAUAUAAAAUGUGUUAUCGUAGUUCGAAAUAUUCCAAGACGACAAAGAUAAGAUACAUUUCAGAUAACUUUAAGCGAUAAAAAACAAAAUGAAAAUUAUUAUCUCGACGCAAACUUAUACUUUCUAAACAUUUAUUUUGUUGAAACAUACAAAAAAACUGACACUACACUGCAAAGAAUAAAAGCAAAUGAGAAAACAAUAUUACAAUAACUGUGGCGAGUCCGAAACAACAACCAACUGGGCUUGCGAAAAUCUUAAAGCAAAAUUAUUAACGUGGUAGAAAGAAAAAAAAAACGAAUAUAUGAGAAUUAAUAAACAUUAAUGUUUUAGAGAAAAAUAUUUAGUAGUGAGUUUUUCGAUUGAUUUACGAGUAAUUGAUGCAACGUUUUUUCAAAGUUAAUUAAAAUGCAUACGAAAUACAAAUACAACUACGACAAUUUCAAUUCAAAUUCAAAUGUUCUUUGACAAAACAAAUUAAAUAAGUGUACUAAAGCAACGUAAUGUAUCUUAUUGUAGUCAAUCGCAUAUAAAGGCAAUUAUAUUGAUGUAUAUUAAACAUAACCAUGAAACAUUAUACAAAAUGUUUAAAAAGAUUUGAUGAAGAAACAACAACCAUGCGUAGAAAAUUGAACGGAACUUACACAUAACAAAUAACAAGUAAUCAUAAUAUUAAAUUAUAAAUGUCUAACGGACUUUUCCAUUAUAAAUAUCUAUAUAAUACACUUAAAUUAAAUGGAAAAAAAAUUAAACAUCGUACCUAUUCGAGUGUAAAAAACCCUUUUGUACGGGGUAGCUACACAACAAAAAAGCAUUUCAUAAUUUCUCAAAAAAUAUUUUCAUUGAUGGUGUAACAUAGAUAUACAAAAAUUCAAACUAAAGCAAAACUUAAUUAUUAGCUGUAAGACGAUGACGUAGGAGUUAAAAGAAACCACACCGAGGAACCCCUAAAAUAAUACAAAUAUUAAAAAAUGUUUAAUGCAGAGGAUCUCAGAUCGUAGCGGACAUAUAUUUGCGACGAACAGGACCUAAAACGGACACCUUUUGGACAGAUUACCCAGGCCGAACCCUGAAUUAAAGCCUUUUACCAAACAGAUCUGGUUGUUGGCCAAAAGUACAGGGAUCGGAGGAGGCAGAAUAUAGGAGGAGAUGAUACGAGGAUGACAACCAACUAGUACAUACCAUAGACAGACGAACCCUAGAUGACGUCGACAGAAUGGUUUGAGUUCCUAAACAAACGCAACCUUGACCUCAUGACAAUCGGACGGUAUCGAAUAGACCAGGACAAGCUGUAAAUACGCACAUUCUUAACCGGACGAGCAGCUAAACCUGUACUGACCCGACCUUGACCCUUGACCCUGCAUUGGGAAUGGAAUCGGAACUGACAGAUCGGACAGAACUUAGUCUUAGGCUUACAAAAUGAGAUUACCCGGAAGGAUCCAAGUGUGUGAGGCUUCUACAGUCGGAUCUGUCUCAAAAAGGCCUAAUGUCAGGUGUAUUCGAGCCGGGUUAACGCGACAUUUUCGACAGAACUGGUUUAAAGUAAUCAAGUCACUUAUCAUACAGGCAACCAAACUUAAAUCCCUUGCUUAGUAUUUUCUUUCCCAGAUGAUUGGGUUUGGUACCGCGAAUGAUAAUAUACAAAUAAAUACAAAAACACAUGAUCAGCAUGCAUAUAAAACUUUCAAAUAUUGCUGUCUAAUUCAAUUAAUUACGAGAUAAGAAAACGCGACGGCUUUCAUGCAUUUUUGGAUUUAUCGACCCAAAACAAGGCAUAUAGCUUUUAAGUUUACCAAUAUCGAUGUGUAUACAAUAUGCAACAUAUUUACAAAUUAAAUGAAUAUUAAACAUAUAUAUCUAUUAGCCACUUGGCACCCAAAAAUUUGUGUUCUAAACGAACAAAAAAUUUAAGAAGCGAAAAAAAAAGGAUUAGAAAACCCCAAAAAAAAUGGUAAAACCCAGCAAAAAAUUAUGCUGGCUGAGGCCACUAAUAUCUAAAUGUACUUAAAACUGAAAAAUAAAAAAACCAAAGACACUAUACACCGACACGCAAUCCAAAAUCAACAUGGAGCAUACCUAUUAAAGGUUUUUUGUGCAAAUCUAAUUAAAUUAUACGAAUAUAUAUACACACAUAUAUAUAUAAAUAUAUAUUAAUGUUAUUAAUCAAUUUGAAUUUAUCGACCGAAGAGGAGCGAAAAUGGAUAUGCAUACCUAUAUCUAAAUGUAUCGCGCCAUUGUGUAAUAUGCGCUACAAAAAUACAAGUUGAAACCGAAAACUAAAAUAAAUUAUAUAUACUAUAUUGUGCUGCAUGUGUAAAUUAUAUAAAUGUAAAUUAAAUCAAGCAAACUGAAAAAAUGCGAACAAUUUUCAAUGAUAAACAGCAGGAAAGUAACGACGAUGUAGAGUUGGUAAUAAUAUAUCAAUUACUAUUAUAAUAAAAAAAAACCAAAAAAUUUAAUAAAGAGACCCUAAAAAAACAAAAAACAAAUAUUUAACCAAAUCCAACAAGAAUCCACACAAAAUAUGUGACACUAAAUGACGCAGCCGAGCGUAGCUAUUCAUAUUCCUUUCUGUUUCCCCUUUAUCAAGUGUCCACUGUCUGUGUCCUAGAUAAGAGUAGCCAAGAAAGCUACGGCGCUAACAAAAUAGCAUAACUGUCAUUCGAUGCCAACCCUGGAUGUUGGCUAGAGACAUCACUGUAACUAUAACACCAGAAAAGAGCUCGUUCAAGGUAUGAUAUCUGAUCCUAUCAGAAUGACUUGUAGAGUUGCUUAUCAAAUGAAUCAUAUAUAAUCUAUAAUAGUUCCAUAGUAAAGUUCACAAGCACACCUGCACGCUUCAGCCACUAAUCUUCACCAAAAUUUGCAUGUCCUUGAAUUGAAACACAUUUCUUCCACUUAUUCAAGUAAUCAACUUUUCUUUCAACUAGUUUCCAUUUUUAACAUUUUAUUUAUAAACUUUAUUAUAUUAGUCGCAUGCCCUAACACCAGAGCCCAACCCUCUAACAAGAAUAAUAUUUCGGCCAUAUCCUUUGACCUUUGCAUUACACCAAAACAACCAGGAGUCAAAUUAAAUUAAAUAUUUAAAAUUACAUAUAUAGUAAACAAUACGUUGUAAUAAUAUUUGCCACAUAUACGGUUGUCUAUUUAAAUUUUAAACAAUUAGCUUUUUUCGCGCCACCGUCGGCGAAAAUGCCAGAAAUGCAUUGGCGAACAAUUUUUUCUUCUCUACAAAGAGAGACUUGGCUUUAAGGCCUAUACCAAUAUUUAACCAACAAUAUUAAUAACCAUAUUAUUAACCACAGUUUAAAAUAUUGACACAAUAGUAUAGCAGUUUUUUCAGUCUCCCUAGAGGCUCAAUAAGUCAUUUUUAUUCAAAAAGCUAAUAAUUGCAAGACAUUAUUAUGCACUGCAAAAAUUAAUUUUGAGUUAAAAAAUUUAACAUCAAAAUGAAUUAUAAAUGGAUAAGACACACAGAAGAGAUUUAUUGGAUCAAGUUCGGGAUUUUCAUAAAUUUUUUUCAUUGGCUCUUUGCCAGAUAAUACACUGGGGAAAAUGAUUUAUUUUUCGUCUCAACUAGGAGACUUGCCAUUUAAGGCCACAACAAUAUUAAUGGAAUAAACACAUUUUAAUCACACUUAUUAUGUGAAAUAUUAUAACAUAACCAACUGUUUAAUCUAUGUGUGUAAAGCAAGCAUUAAAAAAUGUAAAAAAAAUUAUAAAACUCAUAA